ACGACAUGCGAUCUCUGCAGCGCUUUGCUCGCGAUGUUCAAAGGGUCGAGAACAGAAGAUAUUGAUAUUUCUUCAUUCCAAUCCCAAGAAUCUCUCCAGUGUAACACACACACUUCCUUGGUCUCUCGCUUCGAGGAGUACUGCCGAUCCACUUCCCAUGCGAUAGCUCAGCCCCAAAAGGAUAUGGGAUUUCGCGGAGGGUUGUAUCCGGGAGAAGUUACGAUACGCUCAUCGAUCUCAAAAGGGUGUGCAUUCUGGGAUCUUCUACUCGUCAAAGAAAGGAUGGGUACCGACGAUUCUGCGAAAGGCGACAUUAUGAAUCCGGACUGGGUUGAUCUUACUAAAGUCAAACAAUGGAAAACUGAAUGUCUGAACUCGCACGGAAGCGAAUGCGAAAACCCAUUGAAGAUCUGGACGACUAGACCAGCGUGGCUUGUAGAUGUCGAAUUGGAAUAUCUUGUACCCGGUCCUCUGGAAGUCGAAUUUGUCGCGUUGAGUUACACUAACGGAAGGCAUCUUGGUCUCAACCAGGAUAGCGACCUCAACGCAGAACUUCUGGAGCCCUACGCCUUCCGCAAACCAGCUGUAACAACAAGACUCCCGCCCAUCCUCCGACACGCUAUGUUCUUGACAAAGGCUCUUGGAGAACGUUAUUUGUGGGUGGACACCCUAUGUAUAACGCCCGGAAGCUCCGAGGAAACUGCAAGUCAGCUCAUCAUGAUGGGCUCAAUCUACGCAAGCGCUGUUGUGACCAUCAUCGCCGCUGACCGCGAUGCUGAAGAGGGAAUUUUGGGCUAUUCCUCGCUAGCACAGGGAAAAAAACCCUAUUUCUCGCGCGCAUGGACCUUUCAAGAACACAAGAUGGCAAAAAGAAAACUCUUCUUCCUUAAAAAACAAGCCCAUUGGGAAUGUCAACACCAACAAUUUCAUGAAGAGUUUGCAGCAGGUGCUGAGGUUCAUGCAUCUAUCGAGUCAAGCCUAGUAGAGAGUCUUGCUGGUUUUCCCGUCUUGAGCUCUGUUAGCAAUCUCAUCUGCAAGUACAAUUUGUGCGAGCUUCGCUAUGACGAGGAUGCUCUUCUGGGCAUCACAGGGCUACUAUCUGUACUAAGCCGUUCUUUCGAUGGCGGGUUUCUAUAUGGAAUUCCGGAAAUGUUUUUCGACCGAGCACUUGCAUGGGGACCAUACUUGGCAAAUACAGAGCUUGAGCGCCGAACACAGUCAAGCCGACCAAGACCGGUUCAACUACAGCCGAGUCACCUGCCAUCUUGGUCAUGGGUUGGAUGGAAGGGUAUAGUAAGCCUCGGCGACGAGGCGAGUCGGGCCAACGACCGCCACCAUAAGAUCGAAGAGACAUAUCCAAUAACCAAAUGGUAUACAGCAAUGUCACCCACCACCGAUCCAUCCAAACGCCGUCGAAUCCACUCCAAAUGGUACAAAGAUCGCGAAGAAUGGAAAAAUAUGAAGAUGGAACUGCCAGGCUGGACCCGCAUCGAGCUCGAAUCUGACAAAGGCACAGUUCAAGGAGAGCCACGCAUGUUUCCAACUGGGUGUGGCGGCUCAGUGUAUCGACAUCAGAACAUGCCAAAAGCCAAAGAUUGGGGUUCGACUAAUGACUGGUACUUCCCCUUCCCUGUUCCGAACAUUUCAAAUACCACAAUGCCUUCAAUGCCCGAGCAAACUCCAUAUCUAUUUAGUCGAGUUCAACAAGCUCGUGUCUUGGGGCGACGAAACAACGACAGAGGUAUUACUAUGACCUUGUACGACAAACUGAAGGGGCACAUUAUUGGAACGCUUCGCCUACAUUCAAUGGAUCAAUUACAACCCUUCCCCAGCUUGCAAAAACCUUCUGGUGAUAAUGCUCUCGAAAUUGAGGUUGUCGCCAUUAGUGUUUCUCGAAUCCAGUCCAAAACUUUCAAUAAAGAGAAAUCCUGCUACGGAGAGCCUUUUCUUUCCACCGAACAGUACAAUGUUCUCUGGAUUGAAUGGAAAGAAGGUAUUGCCUAUCGAAAAGCAGGUGGACUGGUUCAAAAAGAGCAAUGGGAACAGCUAGAGCGUGAGGAUAUCGACUUGAUAUUAGGAUAAGCUAGUGUGAUUGGAUGGAGUCAACUCUUUGGUCGCUCCAGGUAGAUCAACAUGGAAAAAGUUUUCCCUUUACUAGGUCUUAAGUCUAAGAGUUGAACAGUUAUACUCAAAAGUCAAGACAUCAAGUUGGAGUUGACAAUUGCGUCCGAAUCAGAAACGCAAAACGGACUUUUAUUAUUGUAGUGUGGUUUCUUUCGCGGUUACGUAGAAAGCGUGAGUAUCGGCCAAGUAAAAGGUGCGUCAAAAUGUCCGGAGCGGGGCGAGUAGGGUGACCCCGAGCUCCCGCGGUCAUAUUUCAUACAGGUCAGGCCAGAACAACCGUGUAGGCACCACAGUGAAGGUACCGCAGUAGCGCAGCGCCGAAAUUAAUAGGGGCGCGCAUGGGAAAAUGUACUGAUGCAUACUUGUCAAAGCAGCUUGUCGCAAUAGUAAGAGAUGUUUCAGUCCUUGAGGUGCU